AUGGUGACUGCAGUUGCAGCUGCAGCUGUAACAACAAGCGUCAUAUCGACAUUUAAUCCCGUUAACCCCACGACAGCAACAAUUACAACGGCGGCCAGAGACUUUUCACGUUACGAUAGCAUCGAGGAGCUGCAUCAGCGUACCAGCAGAAGUGGAAGCGCAAUUGGAAUAGUGCCCGUGGUUGCGGCGCAGGGUGAACAAGGUGCGCGUGGUAGUAUAGUAGCCGCAACUGGAGUGGGAUCCAGCGCUGGAAUUGGCAGUGGAGUUGGCACAGGAGGUUUGUAUGCAACCGCAGGUGCGCGUAUUGUACCAGUAGUAGGUAGCGGUAAUGGCAUUGGUGUGCGUAUAGCAGGAACAGUAUCGGCGACUAAUCAGCAAUUAAGCAGGGGUAGUGUGAAUGGCUAUACAACGGCAGCAGCAGCAGCAGUUGGGGGUGGAGGUGAUAGUGGUGGCAUUGGCAUUGGUGGAAGUGGCAGUGAGAGCAGCGGCGGUACACAAUUGAUAGGCGGUGCUACGUCGACGGUACGGGGGAGGCUUUCAAUAGGAACAGCCCAAGGCGCGAUAUUGGGUGUGAAUGAUUUGCCUGGCUCGGGACUUUUAAUUGUAGGUAGUGGUGGUGGGGCUGGAGUUGGCCAGGGAAGUGUUGGAACGGGUGCAGUAACUGGCGGUGUUCCCAAACAGCAGGGCAUCUUUUCGAAUGUUUUCUCGAAAUUGAUCGAUGGUAUGCCCGCCGGUACGAUUUUCUCAAAAUUCAAGAGUGCCAAUACGGCAUCGACAUCUUUGCAAAAUAUCACCGACGCGAAUCCUAUUAGCCAGUACUUUGAGAUUGGUGAGCAGGUGGCAUGUGCGGGCCCCGAACUGGUGUGGCGAAUACAUGACGGCUACCGGAAAAGUGAUAGCAAGGCGUGUUCAAUAUUCGUUUUCGAGAAAAAAAUAGCAGAAAAGCUGCUCAAACCGAGACGCAAGGAAAUUGUAACGGAAUUGCUGAAAAAUUCUGUUAAAGCAAUGGAAAGAUUUCGUCAUCCAAAGAUUCUGCAAGUUUUGCACACAGUGGAAGAGUCGACGGAUACACUGGCUUUUGCCGCUGAGCCUGUUUUCGCCAGUCUCUCUAAUAUUUUAGCUUUUCAUGAAUCAAAAACUUAUGAACACAUUGCCAUGGCAUCGAAUGCAUCAGGCACCGGCGCACAGGGCUAUCAACAGCAAACUACAGCAAUUCCACAACGGCCAGCUCAUGCGAAGGAGUAUAAUUUUUUAGAUAUCGAAUUCAAAUAUGGUUUUCUGCAGCUAGUGGAAGCUUUAUCCUAUUUACACUAUUCGGGCCAUGUUAUUCAUCGGAAUGUGUGCCCAUCAUCAAUAUUAGUUACCAAACGAGGUACUUGGAAGCUGGCUGGCUUAGAAUUUAUUGGUAUUGAACAAUAUAUUUUAUUAUAUUUGCUGGUUGAAGAAUACCGAUUGAAUGCUACUGGUUCAAGACUGCCCGCGCAGCGUCACACUCAGAACCUUUUAUACUUAAGCUAG